UAUUAAAAUCUAACAACGCCCUUCGUCUAUAGCUAUAUAAACAUUCGCACACACUGAAAACACAUCUACAUUAUAUGUAUAGGCAUAUAUUUGUAUAUAAUCAAUAAUCACAUUCGGUUUUCCCAAUGGAUGCUUUGUGUUUGAAGGCAGGGAUUCACGGAAUCACGGCACCGCCGAUUGAUGCUGCCGGGAGUGCGGCGGCGGAUAGGCCGUAUGUUUCGUCGAGAAAUUUCCCUUGGGGAUUCACUUUCCGGCUGCCGCCACUGAGAUCGCUAUGGUCGGGGACCAAAAUCAGGUGGGAGCCGGCUAUUGCAGUGGGCGACGCGGUUUUGGCAGAAAAGGAUGAAGCCGUGGAUGAGAGGGGCAAUGAGAAUUGGGUUUCCAAGGUUUUGCAUUUCUAUUCGUUGAGAAAGGGGGCGGAAACGAGGGUGAAAUUGGAAGAAAAUAGUGGAAAUUCUGUUGAGGUUGAGAAUGAAGAAUGUGAUGUGUGCGAUGUUGACGAUGAGAGGAUUGAAUUUGACAGGGAAUCGUUUUCGAAGCUGCUUCGAAAAGUUUCUCUGGCGGAAUCGAGAUUAUAUGCUCAGUUAUCUUAUUUGGGAAGCUUGGCUUAUUGCAUUCCUCAAAUCAAGCCCGGGAAUCUUCUGAGAAAUCAUGGAUUAAAGCUGGUGACUUCAUCCAUAGAGAAGAAAGAGUUGGCAUUGAAGAUUGAGAAAGAGAAAGAAUCAGCUGAAAACCUACAAAAACCAGUAGCUCAAGCUGAGGAUGCCGAGAGGGAUGAAUCCGGAGAAGCAGAAGGCGUUGAGGCGGAGGCUGAAGGGAACCGCGUUUCUUCUGCAGCUUACCAGAUUGCUGCUUCGGCUGCUUCUUAUUUCCAUUCUCAUACAAAGGUCAUUCUUAGCUUGAGAUCAUCCAAUUCGAAGCAGAGUGAGAGUUGCGUGGUAGAUACAAGUGGAUGCAAUGCAGGUGUCAAUAUGAUGAAUCAUGAUAUGGCCUCAUUUAUGGCAACUACUGAUUCGAUGGCAGCAGUUGUUGCUGCGGAGGAGGAGGUAAAGCAGGCUGUGGCUGAUGAUCUCAACUCGACCCUCACAUGUCCGUGCGAGUGGUUCAUUUGCAAUGAUGAUCAAACUGCAACAAGAUUCUUUGUUAUACAGGGAUCUGAGUCACUGGCUUCAUGGAAGGCCAAUCUACUUUUCGAGCCGAUUCAGUUUGAGGGAUUCAACGUUUUUGUGCACAGAGGUAUCUAUGAGGCUGCAAAAGGGAUCUACGAGCAUAUGUUACCUGCAAUUCUUUCACACCUCGAGACUCAUGGAGAUCGUGCCAAACUCCGUUUCACGGGGCAUUCUCUUGGUGGGAGUUUAUCAGUGCUUGUGAAUCUCAUGCUGCUGAUUAGAGGUGGAGCGCCUCGUUCUUCAUUGCUUCCAGUCAUAACUUAUGGAGCACCAUCAAUCAUGUGUGGAGGGGAUCGUCUGCUUCAUGACCUUGGGCUGCCACAGAAUCAUGUGAGGUCGAUCACAAUGCAUCGAGACAUUGUUCCUCGAGCAUUCUCUUGCAACUACCCGAACCACGUUGCUGAAUUUCUCAAGGCUGUAAAUGGGAAUUUCCGCAACCAUCCCUGCCUUGAUAAACAGAAGCUUUUAUACACGCCAAUGGGCGAGCUUCUGAUUCUCCAACCAGACGACAAAUUCUCUCCCAACCACGACCUCCUUCCUCCGGGCAGUGGUCUGUAUAUCCUGACAUGCUCAGCUUCAGACAUGGCCGAGGCAGAGAAGCAGGUCCACGCUGCACAAGUCGUGUUCCUGAACUCGCCACACCCUCUCGAGAUACUGAGUGACCGGUCUUCAUAUGGCUCCGAGGGCAGCAUUCAGAGAGACCACGACAUGCUCUCGUAUCUCAAGUCUGUGAGAAACGUGAUUGGGCAUGAACUCAACCGUGUGAGGAGAGCUAGGAGGGAAGAGCGUCGGAAAGUAUGGUGGCCGGCUGUGGCGCCUAGUGGUGGUGUGAUUGUGAGGCGGCUGGUUAUGCAAGGGCAAGGGCAGGGGCAGUUCAAUUUCUCGGGCAUGGUUCGGACGGGGCGGGAGUCGCUGAAACGGUUCAGCACGUUGGUUGCGUCGCAGCAUAUGCAUCUGUUUGUGGUGCUCAUGUUCCCUGCUCUAGGAAAUUGUGGGUCCAUCAACAUUAGUUAGAGAAGGAGAAGCAACAGUAACACGAUUCUUUAUGAAUGAAAUUCUUGAUUAAUGGAUAUACGUCAUGCUGUAUGUAUGAUGAAGCUUUGUUUAGGCCGAGACGAGCUUAAGUUAAGAGGGGAUUGGAAAUGAAAUACAAAUGGGUGGUUUCAUGUGUU